AAUAUUUUCACGACAAAUCAACGUCAAAUAUGAUUGCCCACUUGCGAUCAUCACAUAAUAUUGUAGAUGAUAAAAAAUUAAAAUCCGAGGUUCAACAAAUACAUCAAACCAAGUUACCUGAAAUAAUAAAUGUUAAUACUCUAUAUAAGAGCAUCAAACAAUCAGAAAUCAAUAAAGCAGUUAUGGAAUGGAUUAUUCUCGAUAAUCAACCAUUAGCUGCAUCACGAAAGGAAGGAUUUCACCGAAUGAUGGCAAAAAUUGAUCCAAAAUUUCGUCCUCCUUCCAAUCGGCUAAUCAAAAAUCAAAUUGCACUUA